AUGCAGACUGCAUCUACAGACAUUUGUGAAAGACUGUGCAAUAAAUCCAUCUGUGAAAUUUCCUUGCUACUAAAUAUUCCACGGUCAACUGUUAGUGGUAUUAUAACAAGUGGAACUUGGAACAACAGCAACUCAGCCACGAAGUGGUAGGCCACGUAAAAUGAAAGAGUGGAGUCAGUGCAUGCUGAAGUGCACAGUGCACAGAAGUCACCGACUGUCUGAGAAUCAAGAGCUAAAGGCCUCCAAACUUCUUGUGGCUUUCAGAUUAGCACAACAGUGUUGAGAGCUUCAUGGAAUGGGUUUCCAUGGCCGAGCAGCUGCAUCCAAG